AUGAUGGAGGAGCGCCACUCGCACGGGUCGAACGACGAAAUCCAAAACGCCGGCGACGCCGAUAACUUCCGCCGAAACCAGGGCACGAUCCUCUUUGUUGGCAACCUCCCUUUCCAGACUCCGUGGCAGCACGUGAAGGACUACUUCCGUAACGCCGGCAAGGUGCGCUACACAGACCUCAUCGCCGACCGCACCGGCCGCCCAAAGGGCUCGGCGCUGGUCACUAUGAUGACCGUGGAGGGCGCCGAAAAUGCCAUCCGCAUGUUUAACGAGACCGACUUCGAGGGCCGUCGACUGAUCGUGCGAAGGUUCGACGACGGCCCGCGCCCUCCGCUGGUGCAGCGGGACAUGAUGCCCGCCUACGGCAACACUGCUCCCCAGAGCCGCGGCCAGUACACGGCUGGCGGCUACUACCAGGGCGCGGCCGCUUCCGGUGCUGCGGCCGGGUACAACCGCCACAACAUGGUGGGUAGUGCCUAUGGCCGUGGCACGCCGUACCAGGUCGGCGGUGCGGAGUCGACUGAGAUGAAUGGCACGGAGCCGCUUCCCAAGCCGCGCAGCCAGCAGGUGCCAGAGGUGGGCCGUAAGCUCUUCGUCUCGAACCUCCCCUUCGACUGCACGAACAGCGCUCUCCGUGAGACGUUUCAGCAGGUGGGACUGGUCGAGCGGGCUGAGAUCAUCCUGGGCCGCAACGGCAAGAGCCGCGGGAUGGGCAUCGUUGUCAUGAAGUCCGAGGAUGAGGCGCAGAUUGCAAUUGCCGAGUUUGACGGCAUCGAGAUGGCGAACCGCGCCAUGAACGUGCGCCUCGACAACAAGACACUGUAG